CGAGACUGCAGCGCUGAUCAUUCUGCCUCACACUUUCAAACUCGUCAUUUCACAACACUGAGGCGAGGAAACGAGCCAGCGCUAUCAACACUGCUGCCCCGAGGGCUCUUCCUACUCAAGUCCUGAGAGCCACAGAGGAAUCUGGGAAUACCGCUGCAAAAUGAAGAACACUAUCGAUUCGAAAACAUUUCCGAGGUUUUCUUUUUUAACGCUUGUGUCUCGAUAAACUGGUUGACGGAUCAUACCUUCAUUUCCAGAUCACGGAACCGAUGAAAAUAACAUCAGACACCGCAAGUAGAUUAGCAGCGCUGAGAUAAAGAACCUAUCUUGCCUUUAAAAUUAUCGGAACAGGGGACAUCAUGCAAGGACGACAGCAGCGCUUCAUCCCUAGUUUUACAUCGAUAUAUAGACUUAAAUAAUAAUAAAAAAUCGGAUUACUGAUACAAAGCACGCCUGCACGCGCUUCAGUCGGAUUCGUCCCACAAGCUUCAUCCCGGUUCCGCAAAGAAACUCAAUACUAAAGUGUUGAAGAGCUCCAUGCAUUCAAAAAGGGAGAGGAGAGGAGCGCUGUCCCGUGCUGGAUGGAUGGUUAUGGGGAAAGGAGCAGGACCAUCGGCGCUACAAGUCUGCCAGUUCCUUGUUCUGUUUCUCUGUCUGUUUCCAUCAGCAACUCUGCAGUGUAAGAUCCUCAAGUGUAACUCCGAGUUCUGGGCCUCCACCUCCAGCUCUGGCCCAGAAGAGGAGUUCUGCACCGCUCUGCGAGCAUACAACAACUGCGUCCGUCGCACCGCCCGUACGUGCCGGGGCGACCUGGCCUACCAUUCAGCCCAACAUGGUAUUGAGGAUCUUAUGAUCCAACACAACUGCUCCAAAGAAGGGCCCACUACCCAGCCUCGUGCCCGCACACCCCCGCCCCCUGUACAGCAACCACCCCAAACGGACAUCCACGUUCCCUCUGAUGGGCCAGAGGUGUGCCAUUAUGAGCGGAGUCUACCACGUAAUGCUGCACCUCCCAAUUACACUCAUUGCGGCUUUUUUGGGGACCCACAUCUCCGCACAUUCAAUGAUGACUUUCAAACUUGUAAAGUUGAGGGAGCCUGGCCACUGAUUCACAAUAAGUACCUGUCUGUGCAAGUUACAAACACUCCUGUUGUACCUGGAUCUUCUGCUACGGCUACUAGCAAGUUAACAAUCAUCUUCAAGAACUUUCAAGAAUGUGUAGACCAGAAGAUGUACCAUGCUGAGACUGACGAGCUUCCAGCUGCAUUUGCUGAUGGUUCAAAGAAUGGAGGUGACCGCCAUGGGGCCAACACUUUACGAGUGGUAGAAAAGGUGCCUGGACAACAUGUGGAGAUCCAGGCACGCUAUAUCGGCACCACUAUUGUAGUUCGGCAAGUUGGCCGUUAUCUCACCUUUGCGGUGCGGAUGCCAGAGGAGGUCGUGAAUUCGGUGGAGGACCAGGACAACCAGGAUCUUUACCUCUGCCUGCAUGGUUGCCCUGCCAACCAGCGAAUAGACUUCAGGACAUUCAAAGCACGGGCGGCAGAGAGCCACGGCUUAGGCAGGGGACGGCCAGGCAGUCCUACCCAAGGCUUCACUUAUCAGUCAGCCAUGGCCAAGUGCAAAGAACGUCUACCGGUGGAGGAUUUGUACUUCCAAUCCUGUGUUUUUGAUCUUCUAUCUUCUGGGGACAUUAACUUCACCCUGGCAGCCUACUAUGCCUUUGAGGAUGUUAAAAUGCUCCACUCUAACAAAGACAAAUACCACCUCUUUGAAAAGGAUACAAUAUUCAACUCUGCCUCAGACAAAUUGGGUUUUAGUUUCCUAGUCCUCAUCAGCCUUGUUGUCGUACAGUUAUGGACUGACUCGUGUUCCAUUUGUCUGUAGUCCCCAUUGGAUAUCCUUGUUAGAUGGUUGUAAGAAGCUGUAUGCAUGUGAAAGGCUACUCUCACUGUGUUGUGUUCCAUCUACCAGAGGCUGGGCUUCCCAGCUAGAGCCUGAGCUUCUGCCGAGGGCUUUCACACUUGUGUGUCUUGUAUCACGCCAUGGACUCAUCUCACCUUAUCAUCACGUACGUUCAUUCAUCAGGCCAGAGCAGAAGCGUUCCUGGAGAUCCACCCAUCUCUGCAGUCAUCCUGUGGCAGUGCUGAGAGGGCCUAAGACUCGGGUCAGAUUAAACCAAUCUUGCUCUCAGAGUGACGUGCCACUGACAGGAGUGAGAGACGGAUGAUCCUUUGCAGAAAGAAGAGUUUGGAGAUGGUCUUCAGUUCACUUGAUGCCAAGUGAGAGGUGAAGUAUGUCUCCCGGAGCCAGGUUGAAGGACAUGACAGGAGCUUUUAUUAACGUCUCCAAACGAUGGAGGGCCAGCAGGAGUUCUCUCUUUGAAGAAGCUCCAGCUCUGGAAAAAUGUUAGCUUUCUAGUGAAAGCCCCCUGGCCAAGGCCGUGUCAGACUAGUAAGUCAUGUUGUCUACAGAGAAGAGUAAUAGGCCAUAACAUCAGGCCUUUUGUAUAGUUUGUCUAUGUGUGUGCAAGAGAAAGACGUGUUAUUGUGUGGGUGAUUACAUGAAUGUGUGUGUGUGUGUGUGUGUGUGUGUGUGAGAGAGAGAGUGUGUGUGUGUGUAAAGUGUUUCAUAAUAGCUGUAUAUUGCACCCAGGGUCCUAAUGUAGCUCUGGUGUGGUGGUUCAUAGGUCAGUAAGAACUUUUACUACCUGCCAAGAGCUCUUUCCUACAUAUAUAUAUAUAUAUAUAUAUAUAUAUAUAUAAAAGGGGGUGUCAACCAUAGUGUCAAGCAGACAUUAAACUACACUCAUACUGCUUAGGUGUUAUCAUUUUGAAAAAAAUAUUUAUUGAAUUUACACCGCUGUCAAAUUGGGUGUUCGAAUUCAGUCUGAACAAAUUUUCAGGCGGAUAGAGAAUAACUUUCUCUACUUUAUUCACAAAGUAAAUGCCAUUGUCGAAAAAUAAACAAUUCAAGCCAUACAAUGGUGUGGCCCAAGACAGAGUUGUCUUUGAAAAUAGCACAACUGCUUCAUAUAAACAUGUUAAUGGAAAAAAAAAUCAUGUCAGUAUGCAGUAGGUAACAGUUAACAUAUAUAUCCAGGAGAGAGCCAAGUUCCUCCAUACAAUAUUUGCAGUUUGAGAUGGGACCCACAAGGCCGAUCCAUCAAUCAUCCUUACUUCUUCUUAAAGAGCAACGCCUUGCUCUCCAUUUCAAAAGGGUGUCGACGUGGCUGUGCUGUAGGCCUCGUUUAGCUCACGACUCUGUAGAUCUGUGAAUUUAUGGCAGAGGCGUUUUGCCAAAGAACAAGCCAUGGUGCCAACAAUUUCCCAAACAGCUGAAUUUUCUCUUUCUCAUGGGGCCUUUGUGGUUCACUUAAGUAUUUAGGCUCAAACCAGAUGUCCUGAUUGUGUAUAAUAUUAGAAGGUGCUGCUAACUACAGUAUGGUGGAUGGACCAGUGCAGGAGCUAUUAUGAACAUCUGCCAUGCAUUUCUUGUGACAUUUGAAAUGAGGGCAUUCGCUCUUAAGCUAUUAGCAGGCUCAGGAUUACUGGCACUCAGUAUUGUAAAUAGCUGUAGUAGUAUUGGUGAGCUAAAGUCAGACGAUACAUAGCACCACUAUUUUGAAGACUGAAACUGCACCCUUGGCAGUGUAAUUGUUCUAUAGGCCGAUGUUUAGAGACUGUUGGAAAGGUCUUUGUGGAAUAUGAAGCCCACAUAAAAUCAUCAUGUCAUCUGUCACAGUUGUCUCUUAUCAGUGUUUGUUUUCUCUUAGUAAAAAGUAAACUAUGAAAUUAUGGUUUAGAUAUUAAUUAUACAUAAGGAAUCCUUUGAGAGACUUCACAGUAAUUUAUUCUUACACUGUAAAGUUUUACGAGCCUUACUACUGCUAAGAAAGCUUGUGUUGGUGCAGUUCAUGGCUUUAAAGAGACAUUUAAAAGCAUACAAAAUGAUUGUAAUGACUUUUGUGUUUAAGUGUGCUUGUGUUGUCAGUGCUUUUUGGAUUUAUAUGUGUAAUGUGACAUGUAUAUAAGUUUGUGUGAUUCGGCAAAUAAUAUUUUGUGCUGUUUUUUUGGUACAUCAGAGGGUGUAGUGAAAUUUACCUUUACGGUUAAAGGGAUAUUGUGUACACAAACACCACAAAAACAAGAUAAGGGACUAAUUACGAUCUAAUUUGGAACAAGAGUACAUCAUGUUCAUUAAAGUAACUAAAUACUAGGUAGGAAACGUGUGACUUGCGGUGUUCAUGUGUUGUUUAUUACAAAAGCACUUUAUGUUUUUAUUCUCUUUAACCUAGCUCUUACAUGGUUUUAACUUGAUGGUGAAAAAGGUUAUCAGACUUGUAACGCUAAAGAAAAGUGAAUGAUAAUGUUUUCAAAUGUAUUAACAUUGAAUGGGAGAUACCAGACGGCUUAGUCUGUUUUUGUAUGUAGGACUAAAGCGGUGCCACACACCACCUGUAAAUACUGUAAAUUAUUUAUUGAAUAAAAAUAAAGUGUCAUGUUGA